AUGAGUUCCCCGGAGGUUCAAGAGGAUCCUCCGCCUGUUCUGCUGAGAUCCUAUGCUGAGGCGACGCAAAGGAAACAGAUUCUACAGAAGUAUGAGUUCGAUAUUGCGAUUUCAGAUGGGAAAAAGUCGGUGGAGGUGCCAAUGGAGAUCGUAGAGAAAUCAAAUCCGUUGUGGGAAGAUUUUGUCAUUGUAUCGUUCUUAGAAGCUGCUCCACACAUUGCGAAGGUUCACGUGAUCCUGAACAAGAUCUGGGCAUUUGGGGAUAAAAAUCAGAAGUUGGAUGUGUAUGAGAUGGAUGAUACUAUGAUGAGAGUUCGUAUCACUAAUCCUCGGGUGAGAGAUAAGGUGAUAAGAAGGGGUAUGUGGAACAUUGCAGGUGUGCCUAUGAUAGUUUCUAAAUGGUCUCCUGUUGAAGAUCUAUCAAAGGCUAAGAUGAUUCCUCUUUGGGUUCACUUGACGAACGUUCCUAUGAGUAUGUACUCUUGGGAAGGUCUGAGCUUCAUCACUAGUGCAGCAGGAGUGCCAGAUCAUCUGCAUCCGGAGACUCUGGCUUGCAAAGAUUUUGAAGUUGCAAAAGUUUUUGUGAAAGCUGAUCUGUCUAAGGAGUUGCCUACGAAGAUUAAUUACAUGAUUCAGGGGAAGGAAACAGUUGUUGAUUUUACCUACCCAUGGCUUCCACCGAAGUGUAAAACAUGUGGAAAGUGGGGUCACUAUGAAACGUUUUGCAAGGUAGAGAUGAGGGAAUCAAAAGAAGAUAAGGAAGAAGGAGUAGAGAGUGAUGGGAUGAAGUCUGGAAACGAAGAGGGAAGUGAAGAGAUAAGAAGGUUGAACUCUGGGAGGAAUAUUGAGGAAGUUUCACCAGUAAGGGAAAAUGAAGGGAUAAGAAGGUUGGAUUCUGAGAGGAAUGUGGAUGAAGUUUCACCAGUAAGAGGAAAUGAAGAGAAACAAAUUGUGGAUGUGGGGAGUGCAAAUCAGAGGGAAGAAGGAGAAAUAAAUGAAUGGCAAACAGGGUCGCAGGCAAGAGUAACUACAACUCCACCGCAAAAAACAAUUGUUACUCCUUCACGUUUUGCUGUUCUGAGUUUAGAGAAAGAUGGGGGAAAUGGAAAUGAGAAUUUGGGGAGCAUGGUGGCUGAAGAUCCGAGAGAAUUUACCUUGAAUAAAGUAAUAGAGGAAGCUAUAAAGAAGGCUGAAGAGAAUAAAGGAGGUGCAAGGCAAGUGUUGCCCCGAGCAUCAAAGACGAAUCAUAAAGUGUUACUGACAGAGAAUUCAGUCCAAGCCGAAGACAAAAGUCUAGGGGCUUUGAGAAGGGGUUCUCGUAAAAACCAUUGUUUCAAUAAAGGAACGAAGCAAGCAGUGGUGAGGAAAUGGUGUCGGGAUCAAUUAAUGAAUUUUGGAUGUCUGAUUGAAACAAGGGUUAAAGAGAAGAAGACUGGGAGGAUUGUAGAAGAGGUGUUUGAAGGGUGGAAUCUGAUGGCAAAUUAUGAGUUUAAUCGGUUGGGAAGGUUGUGGGUUGUUUGGAGAUCGACUGUCCGUCUGACUCCAGUUUUUAAGAGUGCACAAAUUAUUACGUGUUCUGUACUUUUACCGGGACGGGAUGAAGAGUUCUUUUGCUCGUUUAUCUAUGCGUACAAUACAGUGGAGGAAAGAAAGGAGCUUUGGGAAGAUUUGAGAAAUCACAAUGAUGCUCCGAUGUUUAAGAAUAAGAAAUGGAUGUUGAUGGGAGAUUUUAAUGAGAUAUUGGAGAGUGAAGAACAUUCUGGAUUUGAAGCUUCUCCUAGACCAUUACCUGGUAUGAGGGAUUUCCAAGAAGUUUCGAGAUACUGCAGAUUAUCUGACAUGGGAUAUCAGGGUCCUCUCCUUACUUGGUGUAACAAAAGAGAAGAUGGAUUAAUCUGCAAAAAGCUAGACAGAGUGUUAGUGAAUGAUGUAUGGUUACAUAAUGACCCAGCGUAUUGCGUUUUUGAAGCGGGUGGAUGUUCGGAUCAUAUGAGAUGUAGAAUUGAGAUGGAGGUGGAGGUGAAGAAAAGGAGAAAACCAUUCAAGUUCACAAAUGUGAUUGGUAAAAUGCCGGAGUUCUUGCCAUUAAUGGAGGAUCAAUGGAAAAACUAUGAAGCUUUAUAUCAGUCUACCUCAGCAAUGUUCCGUCUCACAAAGCGUCUAAAGGCUCUGAAACAACCGUUAAGAGCUCUUAGCAAGGAGAAAUUGGGAGAAUUAUCAAAGAGAACCAGAGAAGCAUAUCAACUCCUAUGUGUUAAGCAGCAGGAAACAAUGGAAAAUCCUACGAGUGAAGCAAUCAGAGAAGAAUCAGAGGUGUACAUGAAAUGGCAGAGACUGGCUGAGAUAGAGGAAGAAUGUUUGAAGCAAAAAUCGAAGGUUCACUGGUUGGACGUGGGGGAUGGGAACAAUAAAUUCUUUCAUAGCUUUGCGAAAAUAAGGGAAGUUCAUAAUGCCAUUAAUGAAAUCCAAAGGGGAGAUGGGACUCUUGCUAAGACAGAAGACGAGAUCAAAGAGGAGGCAGAGGGUUUUUUCGCAGAGUUUAUGCAAAGAGUUCCACAAGACUUUGAGGGGGCUACUGUGGACAGUCUUAAAGAGUUGUUGAGGUUUCAGUGUAGUGAGGUUGAUUGCACAAAGCUUGAGAGGGAAAUCACAAAUGAAGAGAUAAAGGAGGUAGUCUUUCGGAUGCCCUCAAGUAAAUCUCCAGGACCAGAUGGGUUCACUUCGGAAUUCUUUAAGGAAGCUUGGCCAGUGAUUGGAGCAGAUGUAGUAAAUGCGGUUCAAUCUUUCUUCACAAAAGGAUUUCUACCAAAAGGACUAAACUCAACCAUUUUAGCGCUGAUUCCAAAGAAGGAGGAAGCAAGAAUGAUGAAGGAUUACAGACCAAUCUCGUUAUGCAAUGUGCUCUAUAAGGUAAUCUCAAAAAUCAUUGCAAAUCGUUUGAAGGGUAUUAUGCCGAAAUGUAUUACUCUUAAUCAGUCUGCAUUUGUUAAAGGAAGAUUAUUGAUGGAGAAUGUUCUCCUAGCAUCAGAGUUAGUGAAAGAUUACCAUAGAGAAGAUAUUUCGCUUCGUUGUGCUAUGCAGAUAGAUAUAGCAAAAGCAUUUGAUUCGGUCCAAUGGCCUUUUCUAUUGAAUACAUUGCAAGCUAUGGGAUUUCCGGGGAAGUUUAUUCAGUGGAUUUCUCUGUGUAUCACAUCGCCGUCCUUCUCUGUGCAAGUUAAUGGCGAGUUGGCUGGCUAUUUUCAGAGCAAACGAGGUCUUAGGCAAGGUUGUUCUCUAUCUCCAUGCCUCUUCGUUAUAUGUAUGAGUGUGUUGUCAAGAAUGAUUGAUGAAGCUGCGGGUAGAGGAGAGAUUGGUUAUCACCCGAAAUGCAAAAACAUAGACAUUACACAUCUAUGUUUUGCAGAUGAUUUAAUGGUGUUUACUGAUGGCACAAGGAAAUCAAUAGAAGGGAUAUUGACGGUCUUUGACAGAUUUGACAGAAUGAGUGGGUUGCAGAUAAGUAUGGAGAAAUCGAUUUUAUUCAUGGCGGGUGGUACUGAUCAGAAGAGAGAGGAAGUUCAGAAUCAGUUUCAAUUUGCAUCAGGGACGCUUCCGGUACGUUAUUUGGGGCUCCCUUUAUUAACUAAACGCAUGACUGUCAAUGAUUAUUUGCCAUUGAUAGAGAAGAUUAGGAAAAGAAUAAGCUCAUGGACAGGGCGUUUUCUUUCUUAUGCGGGAAGAUCACAGUUGAUACAAUCAGUUAUAAUGAGCCUAACCAAUUUUUGGAUGGCUGCAUUUCGACUCCCUAGUAGUUGUAUUAAGGAGAUUGAGAGAAUCUGCUCUGCGUACCUCUGGUCUGGUCCGGAACUUAAUGGUAGGAAGAAUAAGAUUGCUUGGAAGGAUAUCUGUAAGACGAAGCAAGAAGGUGGACUGGGGAUUAGGCCAUUAAAGGAAGUGAAUUUGGUGUGUUGUAUCAAACUGAUUUGGAGGAUAUUAUCAUCUCAUUCUCUUUGGGUAAAUUGGGUUCAAAACUAUCUUAUCAGGAAGGGGUCUAUCUGGAUGGUGAAGGAUAAUAAUCAGUCUGGGACUUGGAUGUGGCGGAAGAUAUUGAAAUGUCGGGACAUGGCGAAAAUGCUCUAUAAGGUGGAGGUAAAAGAUGGCAAUAAAGCUUCUUUCUGGUUUGAAAAGUGGUCUUCUUUGGGUUGUCUGCAAGAUGUUUUAAGUGGAAGAGGUCACAUUGAUUUGGGAAUACUCGCUAAUGAAAAGGUUGCGGCUUGUAGGAACCAUAGAAGAAGACAACAUCGCAUCCCACUCUUGAAUAGAGUAGAGAUGGAGAUCGAGCUUUAUAAAGCAAAUUGGGUUCAAGAAGAAGAUGUCUCAUUGUGGAAAACAGAAAAGGGCAAAUACAAAAGGGUUUUCUCUACAAGAGAAACUUGGAAUAUAAUCCGAGAGAAGCAUCUCUUAUGUGGCUGGCACAAAGCUGUGUGGUUUAAACAUGCAACUCUUCGGUACUCUUUUAUUCUUUGGACUGCGAUACAUGGCAGACUCUCUACUGGUGAUCGCCUGCGAAGCUGGAAUUUAAAUGUGGAUGUAUCUUGUGGGUUCUGUAGUGAGCCAAUAGAGACGAGGAAGCAUCUGUUUUUUGAGUGUUUUUACUCUAGGGAGAUUUGGGAAACACUUGUAAGAGGGGUGAUGAGGAGUUUGUAUACGACGGAUUGGGAUAAUCUCAUUGGGCUGCUGUCAACUAAUUCCACAUGGGAGGAUCUCAGUCUGUUUAUAGUGAGGCAUGUGUUUCAAUCUGCAGUACAUGCUAUUUGGAUGGAGAGAAAUAGACGAAGACAUGGAGAGAAGCCUGCCCCUGCAGUGCUUAUUGUCAAGAAGAUUGAUAAAGAGAUGAGAAACAAGUUUACAGUGAUAAGAAGGAGGGGUGAUAAGAAGUAUGAAGGAGGAAUGGCACAGUGGUUUAGCACAAGAUAGAAGUUUUUUAUUCAUCUUUUCGUUUUAUAAAAUUUGGGGAGGGAUGGAAAGUUUAAAAUAGGUUGCACUUGUUGUAAUAAGGAAUUUUUCUUUUGAAUUAAAUUUAACAUUCAAU